AUGUUGUUCCAACUCGCUCCAGCAACAAUCUGCGUUGCAUUGGCGUCUCUCAUCAACCCUCUUUGGGCCCACCCGCACAGCACCACCUAUCGUAUCACCGAAGGUCAGUCUAUCCAGGCCGCCAUUCACAAUGCCAGUGGUGGAGACAAAAUUAUUGUCGAAAAAGGCACAUAUCGCGAGCAAUUGACAAUUUCUAUCAAUGGUCUUACUCUCGAAGGCCAUGAUGCGACGUUAAAUGGUGCUGGCGCCUCCGACGUUACAAAUACAUGUACAGGCCUGGUAGGUGAUGGACUCCAGGCUGGCAUUUGCGUCGAAGGCUCUGAGAUCGUGUUCUCAAAUGAUCCAUUCAAUGGCGAACACCGCAAAGUUAUAUCCGUUGGGCAGCCAGUCAAAGAUACACACAUCAGUGGAUUCGCCGUAACGGGCUUCAAUGGCCUCAACAUUGCUGUUCUUGGUGCCAAGGAUGCACACAUACAUGACAACAAAGUCAGUGCUGCACCGCAGUACGGUAUCUUGACUGUCGGCUCAAAGAACAGCCACAUCAGGCACAACACUGUCUUCAACACUCCAGACUACACAAACCAAUUCAUCGGCAUUUGUAUGGACGAUAUGAGCACGGUCACUAUUUCACACAAUGACAUCGCCGAUGUUUUCAUCGGUUUGUGCGUGCAGACGUCAGGAGCGCAUAUCCACGAUAACAAUGUUCAUAACACAUGCGUUGGAGCAUUCAUCGACCCGGGUAUCAAUGGCGCAAAGCUUCACGACAACACCUUCAGCAAUACUCCUUCCGCAUGCCCUGCGACUAUACCAAAUCAGACACCGCCGUUUCCUCCGAGGUACUUCGCAGCCGGCGUUACAAUAUCUGGGGCAAUAAACACUGAGGUGAAGAAUAACAAAUUCUUCGAGAUCACCAAUAGUGAAGCUCUCGCAGUCGGGGUGAUUAUCGUUGAUGAUCCAACAGGGGCGAUUGCUUCAGGCAACGAGAUUGAGAAUAACACCUUUGAGAAAAACGAUCUCGACGUAUAUGAUAUAGCGUCUGGAAAAGGGAAUGAGGUCAAAAACAAUGCAUGCACGUCGUCAAUCCCCGAUCACCUUUGCUCUUAG